AUGGGGGGAGACAUAAAUGCCUUGAAAGCAGCUAUUGUACCUCUACAAAAUGAGGAGCAGAAUGGAGCGACAAAAGAUGAUAAGGCAGUUUUAGAAAAGUCUGAAGUCGUUAAAGUCUUGACCCACGUCACACCUUCAAUUACGGUUACAAACAUUAGACGACUUGGCAAAUUUGAUGAAAAUAGGACAAUUGGAAGGCCCAUAAAAGUUACGCUUGGUGAGUGA